UGACCCGGAAGUAAAACAGAGGAGGCUCCAUGAGGAAGACAGACCAGCUGAAAUCAGAGCGACAGAACAAACUUGCUGCUUUAUUUUUGUGAUCGUGUGUCAAUGGCAGGACCCGUGAAAGACAAGGAGGCCUACCAGAGACUGAACUACUUAUACCAGGCUGCACAUUGUGUUUUAUCUCAAAACCCGGAGAAUGUGGAGCUGGCCCGUUUCUACUGCUUCACCCAGAAGACCAUUGCAAGACGCUUAGUGCUCAGACAAGACCCAUCAGUGAAGAGAGCCUUGUGCAAGAAGUGCUGCUCGUUGCUUGUUCCAGGUGUCACUGCUACUUCAAGACAAAGACGUAAGUCACCUCGACUGUCCACGCAGUUUACAGGGCAAACCCGGUGCCAUGUGGAGUCACAACAUAUUCACUGCUGGAAAAACAGCCAGACACGCUUCACAGUGGUGCGGUGCCUCAGCUGUGGGCACAGAAAGACGCUCCUGAACAACCCAGAGCAUCGUCUGUGGGUCGACCAGCCUGAGGCCCAGCUGGAGAGCCACAAACAGUCAGCUCCAGGCCCUUCUCCUCAAGUAUCGACAAAAGACACAGACGGUGACGGCUCCCCGUCCACAAAGUCCAGCGUGAAUCCUGCGGGCAGUUAG